AUGGAGAUUACUGAUGAUAUUUUCCAAGCUUUGCAAACUGAUUUUCAGUUACAAGAAUUAAACAAUAGGUUUAAGGAAGAUGUAAUGGAAUUGCUUGUUCUUAGCUCAGUUUUGGAUCCUAGGGAUGGAUUACUCUCUGUGGAUUUUGAAGACGCUUCUGAUUCAUCAUCUGAUGUACUUGCCUAUGGGUGGACAAUCAAUACGAAAUAUUACACAGCUGAUGUUUCUGUAUGGAUGGCUCAUCUCCAUGAUGACUUUUCAAUUGGGGCCCUACCAAUAUAUGACCGGUUGGCUGCGUUGGUUAUGGUUUUUGACAUGAGUGAUCUUUCUUCUCUUGCUGCACUCAAAGAAUGGGUUUCUCACACCAAUAUUCAGAACUUUGAAAUAUUGUUAUGCAUUGGGAACAAAGUGGAUCUUCUUCCAGGACAUUCAGCUCAUGUUGAAUACAGAAGACGCCUGCAUAAACUUGGAGAAUCUUCUUUUGAUCCUGAGUUCUCCGAGUAUGGAAUUUCUGAAACUGAAGGAUUUAGCUUAUUGGGAGAUGAAGAAUCACCAUUUGAGAUUAAGAGGUCAUGUUUGGAGUGGUGCACUCAGCACAACAUUGAAUACAUUGAAGCAUGUGCAUCCAAUGCUGAUUUUGACAGAUGUUUGUCAGUUGAUGGUGAUUUACAGGGUGUUGAGCGAAUCUAUGAGGCUCUUUCUGCUCAUAUGUGGCCUGGAAUGGUAUUGAAAUCUGGUGAUAAGAUAACUGAACCAUCCUUGCCUGAGAAGCAAGAGUUGUCAGAAGAAGAAUCUGACUAUGAAUUUGAGUAUGAAGUAUUAUCUGCGGGCUCAGCAGAACCAUGGGAUGAUACAGAUGGAUGGGUAUCGGCAGAUGGCUCUGUUGCCCCCACUUUUGUGGGGGGGUCAGCUUCUCAGAAUAUUGAAUCCAAAGAAAGUGGCGGAGAGAAAGAAAUUGGUUCAGUUGGAAGAGACCAUCAGCCUUCUACAUCAAUGUCUCAUUCGCUUGAAGAGGUUGACCGGGAAGUAUUGCCCAAUGCACAUGAGCUUGACAAAGCCUCAGAACUUGAUAAGGGUACACAUUAUGACUUUGAGGAUUUGGAACAGUUGAUGUCUGAGAUUGGAAAUAUGCGUGAUAGCUUGAGGUUGAUACCUGAUUUCCAGAGGAGGGAAAUGGCAGCAAAUCUGGCCCUGAAAAUGGCUGCCAUGUUUGGGGAUAGCAGUGGUGAUGAUGAAGAGGGAUGUGAUUGAUGCAAGUUUCAAUGAAUCAUAUCUGAAAUCACAUCCUCAAAUUAUCCACAUCAGCUUAUUAAUGGAAAGUGACUAUUGGUCGCGGUUUUUAUAUUUAGUGAAAUGGA